UCCACCUUUACAGCAUUGCGACAUCCCCUCGAGAUUCUUGACCGAAUCAAUCAUGCAGGAAGCCCUCGUCGAGUUCUAUACCGCCCAUGCCUCAAGUGCGGCUGUCGCUGUCGCCCGCUUCCUGAGUCCGAUCCCGCCGUCACAGAACCCCGGCCGUCUCUAUGACUUCCUGCGCACUACCAACGAAGUUAGGGUGAAAGGCGAUGUGCAAUAUGCACUUCAGUCGCAGAUGCGACGGCACAUGUCGUCAGACGAGAUCAAUGCCUGGGCCGAAAUAAUAUCCUGUUAUUGGCGGGCUGUCGAUAGAAUCGUCAAAGCCGAGCAGGCUGAAAAUCAAGGGAGAUCUGCAGAACGUCACGCUCUAGAUACCUACGAUGCCUGGAAAGACUUGACAAGCAACUUCAUAAAAUACAUAUCGAACGGUGCACUUCCGCAUUGGACUGUGUUCACACUCUACUUUACCGCAAAUCACCUCAGAAAGUUUGCCCUUAAAGCCGAUGAGCAGAUUGCCAAGGCUAAACCCGUUGCCUUCAGUGCUGGUUUUCAAGAUGAUAUCGUGAGCGCCACCCCGCGUAAUGAGAAACUUGAAGAGGCUGCGCGAGUAUUCAACAGGAUAUUUGCGUUGUGCCUCGGAGACAGAAACCCGGAUUGGAUGACUUCACGGAGAUGGGGUGUAUACUGCAUUGCCAAUCUCCAAUUCAAAACGUACUUCAAGCUGAAAACCAUCAGUUUGUCUAAAAACGUGGUCAAGUCUAUUGCAGCGCAAUCGGACCUCCCUCAGUUCCACCUAUAUCCAGCAUCACACCGAGUCACUUACAUGUACUACAUCGGUGUCAUUUCGUUCCUUCAAGAAGAUUAUCCGAAGGCUGAAGCAUCAUUGACCGAAGCUUGGAAUACAUGCUACGCGUACAGUACCAGAAACCAUGAGCUGAUAAUGUCUUAUUUGAUCCCAUGCCGACUCAUCACGGAGCAUGCUGUUCCAACUAAAAAACUGCUGGACCAGUUCCCGCAACUCCGUAGCCUAUUCGGAGACCUGAUAAACUCAAUCAGGAAGGGCGACCUCUCAGGUUUCGACAAAGCCCUGGCCGAAGGUGAACCCGAAUUUGUGAAGCGAAGGAUUUUCCUUACACUUGAGAGAAGCCGCGACAUCGCCUUACGCAACUUGUUCAGAAAGGUGUUCUUGGCAGCAGGUUUCGAAGAUUUGAAAGAAGGCCAGACCGAAAAGGACCGGAUCAGAAAGAGCAGAAUACCACUGUCGCAUUUUGCCGCAGCUCUGAGAAUGAGUACUGCGGGCGCAGACAGUGGCCAAGUGAUUGAUGACGAAGAGGUCGAGUGUCUGUUGGCCAAUAUGAUAUACAAGGGGCACAUGAAGGGAUACGUCUCCCACGAACAUGCAAUGGUUGUGCUGAACAAAAAGGGCGCUUUCCCGCGGACAGGGGUAUGA